GUUCAUUACUAUAAAUUUUAGCUCAAUUGAGCUUUAUAUUUACCCUAAUUUUCAAACUAUAGUUUUCCUCAUUUGUUUUUUUAUUGAUGCUCUAACCCUCGAUGCAGUUGGAGCUGAUCCGGUUUGUCGCUUCUGUUAAGCCCUUUAUAGCUGCUUCUAAGGUUUCUGAGAGAAUAAUUACGAUUAUCCAGAGUAUCUUGCUUGCUGCAGUGCCUGCACAGGAAUUGGCUGUAAUGGAAAGCAUGCAAGUGGCUUUGGAGACCAUUGUUAGUGCAGUUUUUGAUGGAUCAAAUGAAUUUGGAGGGAGUUUUUCUGAAACUCAAAUUGCAUUGUGCAGAAUAUUUGAAGGUUUACUUCAACAACUUCUUUCUUUGAAAUGGACUGAACCUAAACUUGUGGUAGUACUUGGGCACUACUUUGAUGCAUUGGGUCCCUUUUUGAAGUAUUUCCCUGAUGCGGUUGGCAGUGUCAUCAACAAACUAUUUGAGCUUCUAACCUCAUUGCCCUUUGUACUGAAGGACCCAUCAACAAGUAUUUCCCGACAUGCAAGGUUGCAGAUUUGCACAUCAUUUAUUCGAAUAGCCAAAGCUGUUGACAAAAGCCUGCUGCCUCACAUGAAG